AUGGACGCUUCCGCUAUUCAAAGACAGCUCACAGGGAUUGAACCAUUGAAUAGUUCGAACUAUACUACUUGGAGGACAAGUGUUGAUAUUAUGUUGGGUUUCUUGGACUAUGAGUUUGUACUUUAUGAGGAGAAACCCGCUGCAAUCACUGAAGAGGAUUCUGAAAUAGUAAAGUUGUUGCAUGCUAAGUGGACUAAGGCUAAUACCAUGGCCAUCAGGUUGAUCCGUGCUUCUAUUGGUGAGACUAUUUGUGGUGGUAUUCCUGUAUUUGAUACUGCCAAGGCGCUUCUUGAUUUACUUAAGAAGCAAUUCAUAGGUAUCAAGAAGCAACUUCAGUAUUAUUAUUUGACACAACUUAUGUCAACCAGUUAUGAUGGCAGUGGUUCAGUGAGGGAACAUAUCUAUAAGAUAUGCAAGCUGGUUAAUGGUCUCAGAGAGCAGGGAAUCACAUUUGAUGAUAAGUUAUUGGUCCACAUGGUGAUUUAUUCUCUGCCUAGAUCUUUUGAUACUUUCAGGGUAAAUUAUAAUUCACAAGAGAUAAAAUGGGACAUUAAUCAGCUAUUGGCACUUUGUGUGACCGAGGAAGAGCGGCUCAAGGGUGCUAAAUUUGAGUCGGCUCAUCUUGCCAUAAGCAGUAAAAGUAGGAAUAACUUCAAGUUGAAAGGAAUUAAGCAAGAAAGGGAAUCAGACAAUUCAAAAAAAUGGAAAGCAGGACAACAAAGGAAAAGGCAUUGA